GAUGCAAUUUUUCUACUCUUCCUAGUCUGUUCAGCUGAUUCGAAUUUAGUUUAGAGCGGUUCGUUCUCCGACCUUAUCAUAUUUUAAAAUUUUGUGGAUAUGCACAAGACUUUCAUACGAGUGAUUUCUGUAAAUGGUAAGCACCCCUUGGUUCAACGUCGACCUUCCAUUAAGAUUAUAGGUACAAUGUAAGUGAUGUCUUUUGACUUCAGGUGGAAGGCACAUUCCGUGUGAAUACGCCGCCAGUCCUGCUCGGCUAUCACAAACGGGGACGACAUUCAGGAGCAGGAGAUCUGGGAAUAAUCGCCAGAAAUGACACUCUUCUUACCUUGUUUGUCACAAUUGAACCGCCGUUACAACCGUCCCAACCAUUGGCAGAGAGGGUUAGUACCUUGAUUUGAGUUAUCAUUGUUAUGUCUGGGACGGACUUCAGAAGCAAUUAUUUUCACAGCUUGCGGUUUUCUGCGCGAGAUUUUACUGAGUUAUGAAUUUCCAGCUUGGAUCUCAAAUUCCUAUUUCGACUUCUUUCCUUUCCGAAUUCCGUGUACUUUUAAGUGACUUAAAUACCCUUAAAAUGGGGCACUGAUGGAGAGAUAUCGUAAAUUGUUUAAAUUGAAGAAGUUUUGGUGCACGUGAUAACUAUCAAUCACCUUUGCCAUAUCAAACCUCCAUAAAUGACUUGCGACUGCGGAAUUGACAGAUUAGAAUUACUUUGUGUAUGAAUCAUAAUGUGUCAACGCCAUUUUGGAGUAAGGAAAUGAGUGUUAACCAUUUUGAGCUGGGUUCCGUGUGAGACUGGAUCUGUAGUGUCGACCUGCAUUAUGGGACUGUUUCAGGGACGUCUCGCUUCUUCUCUUGGCUGUUAAAAGCUUUUGUAGGAAACUGGGGUCAUUCGUCCCCAGAACGGUCCAGUAUCGUGCAUGUAGCCAUUCCCAUUCAGUCUCGUGCGCGCACAACCUCAAAAUGACCAAGAAUAGUUUUACUCUCGUUUGUUUUUAAUUGCACAUUUCAUUGUGUCCAGUUUGAAAGCAACGAAGAUGACAAGCUCUUGCACAAUGCCCAGUUAUGGUUACAGGGGUUAAGGAAAAAAUUUCCCAAGCGAGAAUACAAGGUACGAUAAAUCUCUAAUACUGUAUGUGUCGUUGUGCUGCUACUUCAAACUGCUUGUGAUAUUGCUAUUCGCCCUCAAGUCUAAGGAUUGUAAUUGCCUUUCUGUGAUCGAACGUGGCACAAACUACAAUUCGUACAGUGUCUGUUUGUGGGACAGCUUAACUUUAUCAGUUAUCAGUUACUAGUUACCAGUUACCAGGUAAAUUUAAUACUAGACAGUUUUGUUUCUUUAGCUGACAUUGACAGGUCUUUAUUUCCUCUUGACGAGAGAAAGCCAUCAUUUUUAUUUUGUGAAUUUAACUCCAUAUCCUUGCUCAUAUGUGUGUACUACUCCUUUUCCUAGGCGCUGGCGACCAAUCUGGCUGGGAAGAAGGUAUUUUUAACGCGAUACAUCAGGUCACAGAACCCGCCUGCUGAGUUACUUGAAGAAACGCAGUACAAAAUGGUAAGACAUGCUUACCUUUUAUAUAAACUUUGCUGUGAAUUUUUUUACGUGUAAACAUUUAGGGUAUGUUAUCAACUUAUACCAAAGCUGUAAACAGUGUAAUAGGUAUUUUCACUAAAACCCCAAAAUCGAUUUUGGAUUUAAAGAAUUCACGCUCCACUCCGCCGCGGUUGUCGCUCAUACGAGUCUAUAUUGCUGGCAAUAUCGCUGAUUUGCAAUUCAAUAAAGAGUGAAAAAUCCACCCAAAAUCAACAGAACUCUUCAAACGAUAUUCAGCUUAAAAUGAACAGAAACCUUUGUCCGGUGAAAUCUCAUUUUAAACGAAACAAGAACUGUUUUAAACCAUGAAAGCGCCAAAAUAUAUUACACCAGUUACAAAGGAAAAAGUAUUAAAUAAAAUUCACACUUACCAAUCUGAAAUUCCGUACAAAAUUUGAAUGCUCAUAGUAGGCUUUUCCCCAGUAAUAUUCUUUUUCUCUAGUACCGCUACCGUGGAAAAUCCCUUUGGAAGAGCAGCAUCCUGAAGAUAAAUGUUCCAAAUCGCCUGAACUGUGUACUUCAGUUCGUCACUAUACAGUUCUGUCUUCGCAUUUCAGACCAUGUGAUGUUCUCCUUCUUCCAAAUGUUGUCCUAUCCACGUGCAUAUGUUUGUAUAACAUAUAACAAAAGGCAAAUUCCCUUAAGCUACGUACAAACGGGCGCAACAUUGUUGGUCAACAACUCUCUACAUUGUUGGAUGUUACAUAUUGGGUCCGUUUGCGCACCCUGUUGCAUUUUGUUGGAUGUUGUUGCAUGUUGUUGUGCAAAGUUUAAAACCUGUCAAACUUUUAGCACCGUGCAAACGGGUGCAACAUUGUUGGGAGAUGUUGUGUCCGUUUGUACUCAGCCUUACUCCAGAGAACUGUUUCUUUCAAAUGUCUUCCUAUCCAUGUGCAUAUGUAUGCAUAACUUAUAAAAAGACAAAAGGCAAAUUCCCAGACGAACAUCUCGAGGCCUUUUAUGGAAAUUAAAGCAAAACACAUAUCAAAACGUUCAGUUCGGGAACAGUUCGGGUGGUUUUAUUCGGUCUGCUUUCGAUCAAAAAUUCUCAUUAUUAUCCCCUUAUUUCAAUCCUUUCAGUCCUGAAAGUGGCCAAUGUCAAGAAUUAAAAAAAAAAAAUUCAAAAUAUCUCUUUCGUAGAAAAUCCUUAAAACGGUUAAUGGUACUUCCCUUACUACGAACGGUCACGUGAUUAUCAAAAAUUUGUCGGAUCCGACAUUUUUUCUUACCCAUGAUGCUCCGUUAAUACUACUACUACUACUAUUACCACUACCACUACCACUACCACUACCACUACCACUGCCGCUGCCACUACCACUACCGCUGCCAAUAACCACGACCACCACCACUACCACUGCCACUGCCACUACCACUGCCACUACCGCCACUACUACCACUGGCACUGGCACUGGCACUACCACUACCACUACCACUACCACUACCGCUACUACUACUACUAAACGGAAAAGAAAGAAUGGUGGGAAGAGUGACGAGGAGCCUUUAGGAGAAACCUACUCAUUUUAUCACCGUGACUGGUAAAAUGGAUGAAAACAGAGAACGAACAAUAAAAGAAGACGUACGGGUGUACUUAGCACGUUAUAAUGUUUUUUUUGGGGGUUGUUUUGUUUUUUGUUUUACCGUUCACUUUCUGUGAAGCUAAAUUACCUUAACUUGUUUUCAGGAACGCAUUGCUCGCUAUGUGUCUAUGAUUCCUUUCAUAUCUGAUUCUGCUGCCUUUCCUGACCUUUGUGACAUCUGGGCCACAUCUGAGGUGCGUAUUGAAACACUUCUAUUACUGAUCCAAUAGUUCGCCUUUUUCUUCCUCGUGAAACGAGUGAAAUUUUCCACCAUUCUGAAGUCACCAGCAAAACAACUGAACCUCGUCCCCAGAUCUUCUCGGUUAUUGGUUCAAUAAUCUGGCAAUUUUACUGCACGAUUGACGUCAUUUUUCACAUAUCGCAAAAUUCUUCCAAGUUUGGUGGACAAAAGCUGGUUAUGAUGAAUUUUGCGUGUGAUUUUAGCCAAUCAGAUACGGAGAAAUAUUUUGAACGAAUAAUAAACAAUUAUUGGAUGAGGUAAGUGUUAUCAGCCGAGCCGAAGGCCGAGGCUGAUAACACUUACCGAGACCUUAUUAUUCAGGAUAUCACAAAAACCGAAUCUAAUAAUUGUUUUAUUAUACAUUGUUUUGGAAAAAAUAAAGACAAACACACCGUCGCAAGGAACCUGAAUUAAUAUUGUUAUUGUAAAUCAUGCUUUGCGCGCACAACCUACAGAUUAGUCAGUUAUAGCUGAUAACUCUCGGUAAGUGUUAGCAGCCUUGGCCUUCGGUUCGGCUGGUAACACUUACCUCGACCCGGAUUAUUCCGGAUAUCACAAGAACCUCGUCCAGUAAUUGUUUUUUAUUAUUUAUUCUCAGACGUGUUAUCCUCCUCGAUUUCCAUAAUUCUUCAGAUGAUACUCACCCUUAUUCAAUAAUUUUUAAUUAUCAUAUCACUUCAGUAGUUAUCAUUCUUGCCUGUUUUCUUUUGUUUUUUCUUGCGAUAUUGGUUUUUUUUGUCCUUUUCUUUUCGCAAAACAAAUUUUAGGCGGAUUAGAUCUAUUCCGAUGAAACAAAUCAUUAUUGUUUACUAUUGCCGGCUACCUAAACAGUAUUGUGUGUUCAUUCGCUUUCAGAUCCACUACUUACACCUUGAUAACACCGAUACUUCAAUGCGUUUGUUUGUAUAGAUGGCUACUUUUUCUUUCGUUUUGGCCUUCCCUCAACGCCAAAACGAUCAAUAACGUAAUAAAGUUUUCGAAAAGGGUUGUUUAAAUUGAGUGGUGAGACAUAUUGCCAGCACCAUGAAAUUAAAGGUCUAAGUUAUUGGAGGGCCAACGCUGCCGAGAUGUUUCAUAAGCUUAUCAGUGUUUAAAUAUUUACAUGCGAACUUCGCAGUCUUGCUUGAAAUGACAGAGCUCAAAGUAGAUAACAGUCUGCUUUUAAGGGCGUUUAGCAGACGAAAAUCCAAGAGCUGCUUUCGAGUGGUUGGAUAAAAAGGAGGUAAUUUUCGUUUCUUGACUAAAAUUUCAACGUUACGCUAUUGACGAGAGACACAACUCGAGAUUCAAGAUCAUUAUCUGUGUACGUGUCAGAUAUCAUGUUAUUUGCGUGGAAAUUGGGGUGUAAAAUUACUAUCUUUUUGCUAAUUUCAAAAGCUUGAUUCGGACUUGAUGUUUUGUCUUGGUUCUUAAAAGGAGUUAGGAUUAGUAGUUUAAUCCUACAUGUAAGUCUAAAAGAUGUUGGACUUUUUCAUAGCCGGUAUUAAAUGAUAGCGAUUUAUUUAUUUGUCCCGGUAAGGAAGCUAAUUUUCAACACGAUACUUAAGUUUUCUUUUCCUGAUAAUUAAAAACUGUUGCAGCUGACUGUUGUUUUAGUUUCUAAAGGUAUCUUGGAAGAAUAUCAAUUCCUGGUUGUCCGUCCACACAAGACUUUUGUAGUUUUUUAAUCUGAUAAUUUUUUACUUGAUCUAUACCUUGAAAAAGCAAACCGUAGAGGCAUGCGGUUGGGAACGAAAGCUUAAACUGCAGUCCUUGUCACCUUCGGCAUCCCCAAUUGUUGUUACUUUGCUAGCAACAAAUGUACUUGUUAGUGUUCGCCUCGCUCAAUUUACUCACUCGCACGAUCAUUCCAAGAGGCUGCCCACAGUUUCGCUUCUCAGUUUACUUUUCAGUUGGGCAAUAAUCUUAAGCUGGAAGUACUGCAGCACUGCUAAAACAGUGGAUGAGUCUUUUCAGACCCUGACGAUAGUUGCUACUAAAAAUGAAGCAGAUAAGAGGCUUUAUAGCACAAUUUGUGUAGGCUAAAAACCUUGUGAAUGUCACGUAGUGUGCUGCACUACAAGGAAUUGAACGGUUCCAUGCAAACACUUGGAGCAAGACACUGACAGUGAAAGGCACCCCGCAUAUCACAAAACCUAAAACAAUAGCAAUGGCCAUCUUUAGCACGCUGUUGUUUAUUCUGGUGCGUUGUUCCUCAGCGUUGGUCGACUGCUCACCUGGAUGCGCUUGUGAUCUGAGUUUGACAAAAAUCUUGGAGUACAGCAUCGCUAACAAGACAAUCGGCAGGUAAAAGAAUACAAUGAAUCUUGCCAAGAAGUAGUUUGCAAGCGACGAGGAGUCUCCAAAAGUCUCUUUCCAAAGCAUUUUACAAGUUAGCUUCCCUUGGUAUUCUACCAGUUUGUGGACAAAUAAAUAUGGCAAGUGAUAAGCCAUGGCAAUAACCCAUGUGGCGAGAAUGAAGAAGGGACACAGUCUUGACGUGAUGAGUGGAGAACGGAGGGGAAAUAACACAGCUCCAAAUCGAUCCACUGCUAUCAGAAUCAGACUCUGAACGGAAACAAUGGUGGACGUGUCGGACAAGAAAGGAAGCAAUUUACACAUUGCUUGACCAAAGCCACUGCCAACAAGCCAUGACUGUCCCUUGUAUAACAGGGCUAUUUUAUUUGGAAAAAAGAAAAUUGAAAACAGCAAGUCGGACAUGGCCAUGUUUGUAAUGAAAUAAUUUAUCGGUUUCCUCAUAGUUUGUGUUGUGUACACAAUUAUUCCAAGGCAGGAAUUCCCGACUAAAGAAAGCACAAGGAUUAUGCAGUAAGCAAAGGUCUGCCCGACCUUUUCUGCUGUAGAAUUUAGCUGACUUGAGCAGUCCGGUUCAUUCACUGUGGUGUUCAUGUCGGCAGACUACUAUAGACAGGUGUGAUAUCCAGAAGUUUUAAGAUGCUGUUUUAACAGCACGCCAAACUGCAAUUUGUUAAGUAAAUAUCAUCUAUUGCCUUGAUCAAAGACGAAUGAAUUAGAGCGCAUAAUUAAAUACUAUAGUCAAAAGAGUCACCUCAAUGUAGGGUUCUGGCGCCAUAAAGAAAUGACCAAUAGUUAUAAGCCAAAAAGAUAUUUUUUAAGUAAGGUGUAACUUUGUUAGUAUCUACAUAAAGGCUAUGCCACGAUAGCGAUUUUCGCAUUACCUUGAAAUAAAAACAGGCGAACAAAACAGAAACAACAAACGAACGGAAAUAGAGCGAUUUGAUUGGUUUAUCGAACGGAUGCACACGCGCGUGGCUUUUGGUUGGUUAUUAUGGUCAAGCGAACGCUCAGGUGAAAAAAUGUCAUGCCUGAGAACUUUCUGGAAAUCAACCGAUACUUCGCUUUGACGUCAUGAUGCAACUCGAAUGGUCAAUCGAGCAAUACCUUCUCCAUAUUAGGUUUUUCUUUGGCGGGAAAACGAAGAGUCCAUGUUUUUAUCUUUUCAUCCAUUGGCUGAUAAAACAAAUAACGAACACUUCCUGAAACCAUUUUUCAAGGUCAUACGAAAAUCGCUCUAUGUAUGUUGUAGUGAUUUUUUUAUCUCAGGUAAUUUUUAUUUUUUUUCUUUGUUUCAACUUCAUUAGCAACAUUACCAUACCCAAAAAGAAAAAAAAAAGAAAAUUAUCUGAGAUAAAAAAAUUAACUACAAAAUAUAUGUGUAUAUAAUUUUUUUUGCAUCAAUUAAAUUCUAAAAACAAUGGUCCAGUUUUGAUAUUUAAGUCUAUGUUAAGGUAAAGAAACUGUUUCCUGUCGUCUGUUGCAACGGAUGGCAAGGAUGUUCAUGGAUUGAAUCUUUAAAAAGUUGGGCCAGCUUUUUCAAGUUUAAAUUCCACGCCUGAAAAAAUCGCCAAAAAUAUCAUUAUGGUUACAGCUCACCGAUGAAAUUUGUUUGAUGUCUACUUCAUAACUCAACAGAAGCAUUUUAUGUAUGGUUUAAGGUAGUAAGUAAUGACUUCAGCGAAGAAUUGAUCUACAAAAAAGAACCAGUAGCCUUGUGACGUGUCAAAUUGUAAGUUAUUUCUCGCUGUUUCUUUAAAACACACUAAGACCCAAUUAGUUCAUAGCUUUAUAUUUACUGAACUGGCUGAUGAUUAGGUAUAUGUAUAGCAGAUGGUUUUGCCAUGCAUAAAAACACGGUUGAAUUAUAUUUUCACCGUGGCGGUUGAAAAAAAUGAUCUAGUGAAAGAAAGACGUGGCAUAGAAUUCUGCAGAGGAUAAAAUUUGGUAACAGACAAAAAUUUUGCGCAGUAUUGCACUAGGCUUCGGUUAAUCGUCAUUGGGCUCCGUGCGUGCUUUUGAGGGCAGUAAGCGAUAUUAUUUCCCUGGACAAUUUUAGACACAACUUAAACUGAGGAGCUUUAAUGUAUUUUAAGCCAAGAUGACGCCUUCGUUUUGCACCUGGCAAAAAGGGGAAAAUGGACACUUACUCUGACCGGAAAAAAAAUAGUUACGUGUUCUAGUGAGUGUUUGCGCACGAAAAUUUGAGAUGAAACCUAUGAGGCCAGCGAUACAUAAUUAACAAUUAGUUAAUGAGGCUGAGUAUCAUCUGAAGAAUUAUGGAUAUGGAGCAGGGUAUAGAGAUUUCGACUCGCGUUUUCAGCAAACGGCAAACGUCAGAUUAGAGUUGACAAUUUUUGAACUAGGAAGUAAACAAAUAGAAAGAGAAAAAUAGCAAGAGAAAAGUUGUUUAGUUUCGUAUAGAAGUAAUGAACAGUAAACAACAACAAAAACAAAGGAAAAGAUUGAUCACGUGGUACAAAUUGAUGUUUGUAGUUUGCCGUGAACAUGAUCCAAACCCUUUCUGUUUUAUUUCAUUCACCCAACUUGUUUCGAAGAGAACAGAAAGUUAAUUCGUUAAUCGGUAAAUUUUUUGUUUAAUAUCUGAUUGUAAUUUCGAUUUCAAAGUCAAUCAGUUAUGAAGGCACCAUACAAGAAAGCACAGUUAAAACUAGCGUGCGAGCAAGUUCUCCAUAUAUGGAAGUAAUGGGAAGUCAGCCGAGAGCAGCGCGCGAAGGGAGACGCGCUCUGCUCCUCGUGGCUUCGUCGCCUCGCGCGUUCUUUUGCUGCUCGCCUUAAAUAUGGAACUUGCUUGAAACAUGCUUAAAUAGAACAUCUGUGUUCUAUUCCCAUUUUUGUUUCUUUUUCUCGUAGGAAUUCCUCCGCAUGCUGGCUGGAGACGAGGAGGAACACGCUGUUUUGCUCUGCAACUACUUUCUGCAUAUUGGCAAGGCAGCUUAUGUCGCCCUUGGAAGAGGGAUACCAGAAGGUUUGUGCCUCCAACAAAGUGAUAACCACUGGUAAAAUGUUUCAACAGGGGGAUUAAUAUUUUGUUUGUCAUCAGAAGUUACCACCACCAUGAUUUCUUCCUUACCUUCCCCUCUCUUGCUAUCCCUGCCCCUCUGAGAGAAGGUUCAUCACCGUCACUUAGUUUGUAAUGUAGAUUUUUUCGUUGUUGUUUCGUUUAUGCCUUUGUUUUUGUUUCAUUAUUAAUUAAUUUAUUAUUAGUUAAUUAAAUGAAAAUUAACUCCUUGUUGUAAGCUCCAAUUGUUUGAGUAUGAGGAUUGCUAACUGGACAAAUUUUAAAGGAACCAUAAAAGUUGGCGACAGGACUAAUUCAAAAAAGGCUGUGCAUCUUUUUUUUUUUUACCUUCAGCUUUAUAAAGAUGUGAUUUAUGUUAAGUAGAAUUCUUGUCGGUGUAUUCAUUACGCGACUUCCGAUUUCCCUAAAGAGCUCGUAAUAUAGUAUUAGAACAAAUUAGUGUCAACCCAAUCGCUAUUUAAACCAUAGUCCUUAUCUCUUUCACGUUGGAACAUACACAUCAACGCGUGUUUUUGCUAUUGUUGUAUUUAAGGUUCCACCGCCUAUGUUCUUACCUUGGAUGGGUCUCCGUUACUUUGGAAUGCCCACACAGGGCAGAAAUAUGACGUGCAGGAUGCUAACUGUCCUUUAAAGAGUAUCGGAUGUGUCUUUAAUCACGAAAAUGUACGCACCACGCAGCUUAUUUCUGGUUUUACAGUCAAGCCAGGUCAAGUGUUCCCCCAUAGAGUCCAUUGCUGAAUUGAUGAUGUGAAAAAUGAAUCCCUUCGACGUUGGCCAACUAGUGUGAAACUCAAACCUUCAUUCCUGAUGCAUGGGUGAUGAGCAGUGAAUUCGGUUUUUACCACAUCUCCUCAGUAUUCGGUCAGGUUGAAAAAAUCUUUGAAUUGACUAAAUUGUUAUGAAGACGUUCAUGUCAAGUUUAAGAAAACUGAGUUGGCAGAAAUCUCAUAACUACCUCGUGUGAGAAUUUACUGCUCAUCACGCGUGCUGGAAUGAAAAAGAUGAAAUUGAAAUCUACCGCUAAUAACGAAUUCAACUUUUAAAUAUCCAUUUCAUUAGAAGAAUAUUGGUGGGCACGCUUGACAACUGGACUGUAGUGAUUUGAGAAGCAAUUUAAAAUCGAGGCAGGUCAACUUUGGAGUGAUAACAUCAUUAUCUCUGAUUUUAAAACAGCUUUAUUGUCUUUGCGCAAAACAAAGUGUCCGAGGGAGAACGAAACCAUGAUAAUUUGUACAUUAAGUUUCUUUGGUUGUUUUAUUAUCCACUUUAAAGAAGUUGUGUCAUAAUGGAAGCUGGUCACCAAUUGAGCAAAAUAGAAAACUAACUUGUUUGACGAGCGAAAUAGCAUGUAUUAAAAUAGCAGCUGUAAGAGAAGAAACGGAUCACCAAAAUUGAAGAAGACCAAUAUGAACUGCAACCGAGGGUUUUAAAAACUGUUCAGCCGAGCAGUUUUCUAUUUAUUUGUCCUCAUGAAACUGUUAUUUUCUUCUCUAUUGUUAAGCACGUGUUUAAUUAACCUGUGUUUAAUCAUUGUUGUUAGAUCUGGGCUAAUGUUCAGGUGUCUGAGGAACCAUACCGUCUCCUGUUUGAUUUAACAAAAACCGGCAGCUGGCAGCCUUUCUUUACUAAGUCGUACCCAAGGCCAUCCAUGCCUAGUAACCAGGUACAGUUUCACCAUUUCGUGUUUAUGCUGACUAAGGGCCUGGUUACAUGGAGGUGGAGGUAGGUGAGGUAACCCGCUUAGGUGGGUUAACCUGCCUGUCCAUAAGAUCUAUUGUUUUAAUUCGGUCACCUUUACAUCAUAGGUGGGGUGGCCGUAUGAGAGAUUAUAUGGACAGGCGGGUUACCCUAUCGGAGGGGGCUACCUCAUCUACCUGAGGUCCCCCGCCUCCAUGUAAACAAGCCCUAACGGGUCUUGCAUGUUGAUUCAAAUCCUUUUGAACGCCGCAGAUGUUUUAACUCAUUUAAGAUCAUUCCUCUGUUUUUUGGAUCAAACUCAGCCUGUUGGUUGUUUAUCUCACAGGAAGUCAAAUUUACGAAAUAAAAACAAGAGUUGGGGGUUGGGGGUGGUUGCCAUACUCGUUUAGGAGUAGGUGCACCUUGUAUGUACGUAAUAAUACCUAAAAAUAUCAAUAGGAAUACGUUAACGAAGCUCAAUUCUUUGUUACAGGGAUUAGUCUAUUUCAUGAAAGAUAUUGUUCAUCGUGGAUAAUUUGUAUAAAGAGUUUCGUUAAUCGUUUGUCUCACGAUUGUCACAUAGAUAUUGAUCGCGAUGUUUCGACCGCGUACUGCGGGUCUUCAGCAGGCGAUAGUGUCUAUGUACUGAGUAUAUUCUAUAAAAAUAAGAAAAGUGCUCAGUAAAAAAAGAGAGAAAAAAAUGACAGGUAACCGUAUUGGUUGACGAAUAUGGGGCUAAUGUUAAUGUUCUGACCCUCAGAGUACCGAAUUCAACUGUAAGUAUAUGUACUUCCUUAUUAGGUAAUUCGUUUCAGUAAAAUCCAACUAGAGGUCUAUUAUCAAUGCUGCGUUCUCAUUGGUUCAGCUACUACUAGGCUAUAUGUUAUAGCCCACUAGCCGCGAAAAGCGCGCGCUUUUUGGCGGCAAAAAAGGAUUAAAGUCUAGCUUAAAGUAGCUAAAUUUUUUUUAUUCCCGAUAUUUUUGCCUUCGGCCUCAUGGGCUAUGGACUCAGAGCCCAUUCGGGUUCGAGGAAUAAUUGUUAAAUAACUAGUCCGAUUAAAUGGUUAUAUCAUCGUUAGAUUUAAUAGCGCACUCUUUAGCUGGCGUUGGCGCUGGGCUUAACAUAUUUAUUUUAUGUACUUCUGCAGAGAGAAGUUCUUGAGUACAAGCGCGUGGAUCAAGAGUUUGUCACAGGACUGCAAGAAAAGUGGGUGAACUGUGGAUUAGUUUGUCAUUAGUGACCUUCUCUCCUAGUUUUCUUAACUGCUUUCCGUUUCGUAUUUGUACGUCGUUCUUUUAACCUGAGCUUCAUCUAUUUUAUUUAAGGAUCGAGAAGAUUCUUCGGGAUAAAGUAAUGUCAUGGCGUCCUCGCUUUGUGACACGAUGGAACAGGUACUGUGUUGUAUGUACUGUCUAGAUUCUAAAAUGGUUACACUAUCUUCCCCCCUGUUCGAACACCUAAAUUAUUCUCUUCAAAGGAUCAUUCUUUAUCGAGACCAAGCCGUUUCUCUCCUCCUUCAAACCAAGUGGCUUCAAUCCACGUUUUCCCUUAAAGUUAAAGGGCCUAAUGCUAUAUCGCGGGGAUAUUGAUGUUUUAGGUCAAUUCUGUGCUAAGGUCAUUGAUUAGUGUCUUUAUGUAACAAUACACAAAUUGCUCCUGUAUAGUUUCCAUGAAGAUGUCAAACAAAUUUCACAAGGGAGCCGCGCGUUAGUAACCAUGAUAGUGUUUCUGGUUUUUACAGGCAUUAAAACUUGAAAAAAAAAAUUGCCUUCAAUCCAUGUCAAUUCCUGCCAUGCGUAGCAACAGGCGGCAGGCAACAGUUUCAUUGCCUAAAUGUUGUCUUAUAUAACAAAACUGGACCAUUAUGUUUGGGAAACAAUUGAUGCGACGACACGUUUCGCUUUUUAAAAAGAUGGCAAAUAACGUAACAUAUAGCCCUCGUAAUAUUAAAGUUAAUUUGAAAAUUGUAAAGUCGACGCUGUUCAAAAGAGUCUUAACCGACGUUUCGGUGAUGCUGCCUUCUUCAGGGUACAAGUAUUAGCAGUAUCAUUCCAGGGUGGCCAGCAUAUGAUUCUUUAAUAUACAGAUUUAGCCAGGGCUAAAAGUGAAACCUCCGUUUUUAUACUUAUAAUAAAAGGAAACUUAUAAUGAAAGCAAUUAACUUUAAUGUAAUAAACUCUUAGCCACUAAAAAGAAAUCUUGAAGUCCCUUCCAUUUACUAUUUAAGGAGGGGCUGUUAAUUUAGAAAAAAAUAUUCCGCAAACACACCCGAAAUGAAGAAACUCUCCCAACAAGCUAAAAGUCUUAUAAUGUUAACGGCAAAGAAUAAUAAUUAUGCAUCAAGUUCGAUCGCAGUAUAAAAAGUAGGCUUGGACGAGAAUUCUUCCCAUCUACAUCACCCAAACCACCUCCAAACACCUACACUGACUCCUAUAUUAACUUUUAAACCAAAAGCGUGACCUAGCUUAAAAUAUAUUUGUGAAAGUUUUUUGGGGGUAAGUCAAACGAAAGAGACUGCAAGAUUUCUACUGAAACAACUCCAUUGGCUCCCUCUAGGUGAACUGGUUAACUUUUCGCCAAGCUAAACGCAAGCUGUCUGACUUGAGCUCCCACGUCCUUUUCCCUACCCCCAAAUUUUCUCCCAUCGCUAAGUUUCCGAUUUCUAUAGUAUUGGAGGCUCCACUAUGAAAGGAUUUCCUAGUCCCCCAAGAGCAAAAGUAAGGUUUCAGGGGAUGCCAGGUGCUGCCAGAGCAUAGCCCUGUUUAACUGUGAUUUGAUUCGUCGGCACUGUUACCUGUAGUUAGGGAUUGUUUUCUCACAUUUCUUCCCUAAAUUAUAUGAUCUUAUUUGAUCUCAAUUCAGUUCUUCCUUGCACCCGUUAAACAGGGAAUAACUGCCGGGAUGAAUAAUUUUCUUUCUUUGUCAGGUAUUGCACACAAGCCUUUCGGAGCCUGUUGGCAAAGUGAGUAGGAUUGAGUCUUAGCCCUGGUGUUUAAACGCUUAUUUCUUUCAAUCUUCUUUAUUUCCCAACUUAACACAACGAAAAACCAUCGACUACAGUCGCCUUUCAUUGCUCACCGUCUCUAAAAGGAGGCUGUUUUAACAGGCAGGGCUCAACGGUACCCAAGUAAAUCACAGUAUACGCUUGGACCCCCGUUUAAGCUAGUCCAGCAAGUUACUGGUUAGCACCGUAAUAAUUUACACUGGGCUGUAUCCUGUUAAAAGUAAAAGUUUCAUUCUCAAUGAACUAAUUAGUAUUUUUACUUCUUAAAACAUUGCCAUAGUUUGGUUACAUUUUCAGUCUAAGAUGUCUUGUCUAGACCAAGAACAUCAACAAUGCUCUUUUUAUUAACGUAUUUUCUCUCUUACUGAGGUUGAGCUCGUUAUUUCUUGUAUUUUGUUUUCUUUCAUAGUAUGGAACAGAGUGUUAGUCAAGCUACCUCUGUGAAUCACGCUGCUGAGUUGGACCAAAUUCUCGCCUCAUACAAGGUAAAUAUGACUCUUAUUGUUUAAUACAAUUAUGAGGCGUUCGUUUCGGUCGUUUGUUUUUGUCUUUUUAGACAGUCAUUUAGCGGAAUAUAUAGAAUAUGAGUCAGAGAUGAACUUCCUUUCUGAUCAAAUCGUUUUGAUGUUUUCAGUUGUCUGGAUUUCCUAUCAACAUGUCAUUCACUGAAAUUCCCCCUGUAUCUGAAGCCGUCUUCAGCACUGGAGUACACGCAAUAGAAGAUCCUGAUGUAGAAUUCGCCCUCGCCGUGCACGUUCAUCCUUACCCGCAGGGCGUGUUUUCUCUUUGGAUUUAUGUGGGGACGCUUAGGAGAAAAGCUGGCUAUUAAGCUAACAAGUUAAUACGUCGCUACUGUAGAAACGCGACGGAAACUGGGUCAAGUUAACUUUCGCAAUGACUUCUGGGACUGUUCCUAGAGACUGGCCGGCGCGUCCCUAGUAACGAUCCCAGACACAAUUGCGUGACGCAUUUCGGCUCCUGUUCCUUCUCGAUGCUAAAGUGGCGAAUUUUCCUUUCAUUUUUAUUGCCCUAACUUUCGCUUUAAAUUUUCCCACGCUUCCGAAACGCGGAGAGUGAGCCUACAUAAUUUUAGUCGAUUUCACGUCGAUCCUCUCUUUUCGUUUGUAGGGCAAGUUCUUCGGAAUGUAAAAAGAUGAAUCGGUGUUAAUAGCAUAAUACAAGUAAUUUUGAGAAUUUAUCACGGUCACGUUUAUGAGACUAUUUUUACCUCUCGAGAUGUUCAUAUUAAAAGCACAUUUUUGGGUUUGGUUAGUGAUCGAAGCUACAAUCUUGGACAAAAAUGUUAAGAAUAAUGGACUUUACCAUGUCUAGUUUCAAUAAGGCUCUUAAAAGCUCUAACAAUAACAAAUACUCCCCCUUUACCCCACAAAAACAGUAUUGAAGUCCCGCUGGAUCAUUUCUGAUCCCGGUUGUUAAACUUUGACCAGGGCGGGGUUUGGUAGUACCUACAAUCUUCUGUCCAAGAUUGUAGGUUGCACAUAGGCAAACUGUAUUGCAGAUGGGGUGGAUGCUUAUAUCGGAACUAACUACCGGACAGGUACAUUUGAUACUACACAUGUAGAAUUUCGUAUUUAUUUCGAGUAAUAUAUUUUUAAAGCUUGAUGUUUAGUCUUGUGUUUCUCUUCAUGCUCACUUCCUUCAAAGUGGCCUGUGCUGUUUGUUGAGGUACAAACACCUGCUACCCUGCUACUUUCUGUGUAGCUUUGCCCUGAGGAAGGUUAAUUCUGUUAGCCUAAAUAUUGGUGUCAAAUAAAUCAGCCCUUUGCCG